AGCGUUAUGAAGUAAUUUAAUGUUUCAUAAUUUGUACAAUCUAAUGAAAAAACUAAAAUAUAUUUAUGAGUAGAAAAGAGAACGUAGAACAUUAGCCUUGAAGUUACUUUCAAUUGCAGUUCAAGUGAUUUUUCGAAAAGGUGCCUAUUACAAUUCGUGUAUUGAGUCGCAACGCAUUCAGUUGCUCGUAAUGGAGGUGUUAUUGAUGAUCAAUUUUUAACAUUCGGAAUUAUUCAAAAUUUUUCAUCAGUAGUGAAUAUCCUCAAAGUAUGAUCAUUAUACCGUUACAUUAUUUAAAUGUAGGCCAUUGAAUUUUUUAAAGAAUAAUACCAUUGCAUUGCAUCAUGAGCGCAUUUUGGAAAGAAUGUAAAUUAGAGGCAACUGGACCAGCUAUUAUGAAGAGUCUCGACACAAUGUGUAUCUGCAACAAGGAUAUAUACCAUUCCAGUCAUGAUUCCGUAAAUGGAAAUGAAAUACGUGAAAGUGAAAUGCACAUGAAAUGUCAGUGCAAUCAACCUAAAAGUUUCUUGUUGAUAGAUGGACAAGAAUACCUCAGAGUUUGCAAUGCAGAACAGUUCAUGGAAAAAUUAAAUUGCAGUGAUAAAGAUCUCGAAGUAAAGGUGGUAUCAAUUUUUGGAAAUACUGGUGAUGGCAAAAGUCACACCUUGAAUCAAACAUUUUUUAAAGGAGAGGAAGUUUUUGAGACUUCAAAUGAUCAAAAUUCAUGCACAUUAGGUGUUUGGGCUGCACUUGAUCCAGUUCUUAAUGUAAUAUGUUUAGAUACAGAAGGUUUAUUAGGUAUUACCUCUUAUGAGAAUGAACGAACAAGAUUAUUACUUAAAGUUCUUGCUGUAUCUGAUAUUGUUGUGUAUAGAACACAGUCUGAAAAGUUGAAUAGAGAUUUAUUUACAUUUAUUGGUACUGCUUCAAGAGCAUAUAGUCAUCAUUUUCAAGCUGCCUUGCAAGCAGUAGGACAGAGGAAAGGAGAUCUAGGCUCCAUAAGUGCCUUGGGACCAAGCAUUAUAGUAUUACAUGAGACUAGAUACACCAAACCUUUGACCAACAAUGGUAUAGAAAAUGCAGAAGAUAUUCUUCGAACACGAUUCGCUCAAAUGAAGCUCGAAACGGAAGCAUUUAGUUCCAUAAAAUACGUCGGUAUACAAACAACAAAUUCCACGACUGAUUAUGAGCUUUUGCAGACUGCUAUUAAAAAAGAAUUAUAUAAUACUAACAUACGAUCUGCCAGAAAACCAUAUUUAGUUUAUAAUACAUUGAAAAUUUUGAACGAAAAAUUUUCUGGAGAGAUGGAGAAUUUUUCUAAUAUUUUGUUUCCUGAUCAAUAUUUCACUUGUUCUGUUAAAUGUCUCAGUUGUGGAUCUAGAUGCAGCAAUAGUAUGGGACAUCUUUUAGAGGGUAAACCUCAUAGUAGCAAUACCAAGUGUCGAUAUCAGCAUCAAUAUGAAAAUGUAAUAUAUAUAUGUAAAAAAUGUCAUAGUAAUGGAAAUGAAGUACAAGUUAUGAAACGAGUUCAAACUCAGAAUGAUAAUAGUUGGUAUGGAUUAGUUAAAUAUGCAUGGUCAGGUGAUGUGAUAGAAUGUCCACAUUGUGGAGAAAUAUACAAAAGUCGUCAUUAUUGGUAUAAUAAUAAAAAUCCAGAAGAUUUUGCUGUUCGUACAGAAAUUACGCAUGUAUGGAAUAUGGGAAAUCAUACAGUGACAACUCAAAAUGCAGCACAAAGAGUAAUAGAUGGUGUAUCGUACAUUACCGAAGCUGUAACCAAUGUUUCGUUACAACCGACUAAAGUCCUUUCAGCAUGGGUUGCAGAUCAAGUAGCUCCAUCUUAUUGGAGACCAAAUAAUGAAAUAAAGCACUGCCAUAAGUGUAAAAUGCUAUUUGGACUAACUGAUACGAAACACCAUUGUCGAGCGUGUGGUGAAGGUUUUUGUGAACAAUGCUCAUCCAAAACAAAAUGCGUUCCAUCUAGAAAUUGGCAUACACCAGUACGAGUUUGUGAUAUUUGUUAUAAUAAAGAUGAAUCUACCGAAUCUUCAGAAGAUGUUAGCGCUAGAAAAGUAUCGGAACAAGUAGUAUCUACUCUGAGUGCAGUUGGUUCUGUUUUAAAUUAUUCAAAAUCACUUAUUAAGGAUACAGUUCGACCAUCUUAUUGGAUUCCUGAUUCGGAGAUUGUUAAUUGUUGCAUAUGCUAUCAAAAAUUUUCUGCAUCACUUACUUUACAUCAUUGUAGAGAUUGUGGACGCGGAGUAUGUCAAGAUUGUUCACGCCAUCGUAAACCUGUACCACAUAGAGGAUGGGAUAAGCCAGUUCGCGUUUGUGACUCGUGCAUAAAAAUUGUUUAGAAAUGUUAGAUAAAAAGUUAAUAGAGUAUUGAUUUACUUACAAUAUUAAUCCAUUUGCACAAUAUAUAUUGAAGAAUUAGAUACCUCGAAUUAAGAAAUAUUUUUUCUUAAAUUUUGUACCUGUUGUUUGAACAUUAUAACAUUUGUGUAAUUUUUACUUUUCUUCAAAAGAUUGAAAUUCUUUGCCAUCAAAUGAAUAAGAAAAAGAAGAAAAAAAAUGAAUAUUUUAAUACAGUAUUGUAAAAACUUUUUCCUAUGAAUUGUGCCAUGAGUGUACCUGUCUUUUAUAAAAUAUGUUAUCGUAGAAUAUGGCGGUAAUUUAAUAUUAAAAAGAAAAUCAUGUAUGUUUUAUGAAAUAAGCCAUUGCUUAUUAUAAAAUUAUAAUAUUAUGCUAAUAGAGUAUAUGGUACAGUAUAUUGUAGCAAUAUAUAUGUCUUCAUGAACAAAAUGAAUCGAAUUAUUGUCAAUAUUGCGGUUUACUAGGCUGUGACUGCUUUUAAAUUCCAGAAAGCAUUUAUCCUUUUAUUAUAGUGUCCAGUAUCCGUUACGGUUUUUUAUAAUUUUAAAAAGACAUUGCUGUCUAUUAGGCACUGUAAUAAAAAAGAAUAAAUUGUCUAGAUUUAAA